AUGACCAAGAUUACUAAGAACAGGAAACCGAGAACCUGUACGCCUGCGAAGCAUACCAUGCAGUUCUACGUGUGGACGUGCGCACUGCUUCUUGCGUGCGUUGGUGCGAACAACUAUGACACGCAGUAUGUGAAAUCCGUAAAAGGCGGCUUCGGAGGAAAAGGCUACCAGUAUCAUGCCGGUGAAAAUUUUGCCAAGUAUUUUGGCAACCACACUCAGCAAGGCUAUGAUUUAAGGCAGAACAUGGGUGAAACUGUCACUAACGAAGUCGGCGUGUGUUACAUCGAAAUACCGACAGCAAGUCUGGUAAGAGAUCAAGCCCACAUUCCCGCCGGAAACGGGUCACGGCCUGACCUCAGCCGCAUCAGAGCUUGCUGUAGAGGAUACAUCAGAAACAUACAUAACUACAGGAUCUGUGAUCCCGUUUGUUCGCAAGAAUGUGUCAAUGCUCUGUGCACGUCUCCAGAAACAUGUACCUGCUUCCCCGAUCACGUGAAAAAUCUAGCGGGAUUUUGCGUCCCGACCUGUCCAAUUGGCUGCCAAAAUGGUCACUGUGCUGGUGGGGAAUGUCUCUGCAAAGAAGGUUAUAAACUGGAUUCAGAGAGCAAAUACUGCUUGCCAAGCUGCAAGGAGAAUUGUGGCGGUAUCGGAAACUGCACUGCACCCAACACCUGCGAAUGCAAGAAUGGCUAUAAGUCAACUCCAGAAGGCUCCUGUAAGCCAGUCUGUGACCGAUGCAUAAACGGUGACUGUGUUGCUCCAAACGAGUGCCGUUGUCAUCAAGGUUACGACAAUAAUAGAGGAGAAUGUGUACCGCAUUGCAGCCAAGGAUGCGCACCAAAUGGUCGCUGUGUCGCUCCUAAUGUUUGUGAGUUCCCUUCGACGACUACAACAUCAACAACCCGUCCUUCACCAGGUCAAUCUUCGUACCAACCCGGUCAGGCUUCAUAUCAACCAGGCCAAUACCCAUAUCAAAGUGGCCAAUAUCCCAACCAGUACGAUCAAUCAAAGUUUCAACCUGGUCAGUCUCCCUACCAGCCAGGACAAUAUCCAAACCAACAAGGUCAACCGCAAUAUCAACCUGGUCAAUAUCCAAACCAACCUGGCCAAUAUCCCAAUCAACCUGAUCAAUCUAAAUACCAACCUGGUCAGUCUUCUUAUCAGCAAGGCUACAAUCCAAACCAGCCAGGUCAAACACAAAAUCAGCAUGGUCAAUAUCCAAACCAACCGGGGCAGUAUCUAAACCAGCCGGGGCAGUAUCCAAACCAGCCGGGGCAAUAUCCUAAUCAACCAGGGCAAUCUCAGUAUCAACCUGGGCAGUCACCUAAUCAAUCAGGUCAACAUCCGAACCAACAAAACCCUUACCUGCCUGGACAGUCACCGAAUCAAAAUAUGUAUCAACCGGGUCAAGACCACCAACCUGGAUAUCCAUUGUACUCAGGAAGUCAACACAUCUAUCCUGAUGGCGACGUGCAAGUUCAGUGCACAGUGUCUUGCAUCAAUGGUUUUUGUGUUCAAGGGAAUAAAUGUGCUUGUAACCAUGGAUAUGUUUUGGACAAGGAAGAUCCUUCUGGUACCAGGUGCUUACCAAACUGUCCUGGUGGAUGUCCCAAUGGCAUUUGCUCGGCUCCAAACUUCUGCAUUUGCAAUAUGGGCUACUAUAAAGACCACAGUGUUAAGGGUAAAGCUGUUUGCGUCAAACGCAACCGGAGGUCCAUCGAUACUGAGCAAGAGGAGCCGUUAGAUGUCGCCAAAUUACUUGUUUUUAAAUUACCAGAUUAUUGA